CGGGCCUGAACUCCCCUUCUAGCUUCAGUAGGGCUCAGGCUUUUCCCAGAAGCUGGACCAAACUCCCUUGGGUGUCCCUGGAUUCUGACAGGAAGAGAAGUCAGGGCUAGAGAAGAAGGGGCCCUCUCUGAAAAAAGAGGGCCAGGAAGAUGUCAGAAGUGCCCUCAGUCCUUUGCAGGCUUCUCUUGCUGUUAGGUGGGGUGGCUUCUGUGACAUUCCAUCAUCAUCGCUAUGAUGGUCUCAUGAGGACCUUGUACAAGGUACACAAUGAGUGCCCCCACAUCACUAGGGUUUACAGCAUCGGGCGCAGCGUCAAGGGAAGACAUCUUUAUGCCCUGGAAUUCAGUGACUCUCCUGGAAUCCAUGAACUCUUGGAGCCAGAAUUUAAGUAUGUUGGAAACAUGCAUGGAAAUGAAGUGCUGGGGAGAGAGCUGCUAAUCCAACUCUGCGAGUUUCUGUGUGAAGAGUACCGCCAGAGGAACGAGCGCAUUGUGCGGCUAAUUCACAAUACGAGGAUUCACAUCCUGCCCUCCAUGAACCCAGAUGGUUAUGAAGUAGCUGCAGACCAGGGUCCAGACUCCAAUGGAUAUCUUGUCGGCCGGAAUAAUGCCAAUGGAAUAGACCUAAACCGAAACUUUCCAGAUCUUAACACCUACAUGUACUACAAUGACAAGCAUGGAGGGCCCAACCACCACAUACCCCUUCCAGACAACUGGAGAAAUCAGGUGGAACCAGAGACUGAGGCUGUUAUAAAAUGGAUGGACUCCAUCAACUUCAUUCUUUCUGCCAAUCUUCAUGGAGGUGCAGUUGUAGCCAAUUACCCAUAUGACAAGUCCCGUGAGCAUCGGGUUCGAGGUUUCCGUCGUACUGCCAAUACUCCCACCCCAGAUGAUAAACUGUUUAAAAAGCUGUCCAAAGACUAUUCCUAUGCACAUGGAUGGAUGCACCUGGGCUGGAACUGUGGAGAUUACUUUCCUGAUGGCAUCAUCAAUGGGGCUUCCUGGUAUUCUGUCAGCAAGGGAAUGCAAGACUUCAAUUACCUCCAUACCAACUGUUUUGAUAUCACUUUGGAAUUAAGUUGCAACAAGUUUCCACCUGAAGAGGAGCUGCAAAGGGAAUGGCUUGGCAACCGAGAAGCAUUGAUUAGUUUCAUAGAGGAGGUUCACCAAGGCAUCAAGGGAGUGAUACUUGAUGAAAAUAACAAUGGCUUUGCAGGAGCAGUUAUUUCCAUUGAUGGAAUUGCUCAUGAUGUCACCUCAGGUAAGCAAGGUGAUUACUUCCGGCUGCUACUACCAGGCACUUACGAAGUCACUGCCACAGCACCUGGGUAUGGAUCAGAGACAAGGACUGUGACAGUUGGACCUGCAGACCCAAAGCAGGUUAACUUUCAACUCAGGAAAGAUACCACCAAAGAAUCCUCUCAGCAAAAGCCACCUGCCAAGCCUUCCAGUGCUAAAAACCUCCUAAAGAAGGUGACAUCCCGAGCAAUUGGCAAAGAGACACGCAGAGACAGGCCUUGAACACAUAGCAGAUAGAGUUCAGGUCACCCCUGCCUUAAAACCAGUCACCUAGACAAGGACGAGAAAAGAGGACAAGAGGCAAAUUUGACAAGAGCCUGUAGUACCUGCUAUUAACUAAGAUAAAGCCAUCUAUUUUAUUACCUGUGAGGCAUUUAAACACAAGGCUAAUUCAGAAGGAACAUGGGGUGUUCUUUUUAACCCAAUGGCAGCCAUUCCUCAACAUGACCAAGACCCAUUUAAUUGUAUGGUGUCACAAGAAUCUAUCAGAUGAUUCAAAUUCUUCAGAGACUGAAUCUUUUUUUUUCUUUUUAGAAUAUCCCCAGAUAUUAUAUAUAUAUAUAUAUAUAUAUAUAUAUAUAUAUAUAUAUAUAUGUAAUUUACAGAGGAUUACAAACCAAGAGAUGUGUGAAAUAAUCCUGAUAUUUUAGUUAAAAUGCAACUAAAACCAACAGAUAAAUUUUAUAUCCUUAUAGGAAUGUGAACAUUCUAUACUGUCUUGCACAAUCAUGUUUCCUCUUAGCUGUGUGACCCUGGGCAAGUCAUGUUUCUACAAUAAUACUCCUAGAGUAGGAAAUUCAAUAUUCCAGAGAACUAGUUUAACAUUUGAUUCCAUUCCACCAGCAUUUAUUAAACACGAGCUAUUUCUAAGGCACUGUACUAGGACCUGAGGACACAAAAGCAAUGACUAAAAAACAAUCCCUGCCCCCAGGGAUUGUCUAAUCUACCCAAAUCAGAAUAUUUUCCUAUCUCUAAGGUCAGUCUUCCAUAAUCCAGACUUCUGAUAGAAUGCAAAAAGAACUGAUUUCAUGUCAGGUUAUUCCUUAGUGACCUUAAUGUUACACGUGUCAACCAGACUCAACAAAAGAAUGAAUUCUAAAUCAGAAUGCCAAUUUACUUUGCAGCCUUGUAAGCUCUAUGAACCCUCCACCCAACUCACACUCACCCUGAUGAGUCAUAUUCCCCCCUUUACCUUCUUACUAUCAAUUUCUAAGACAGAACAGCAGCAAGGGAUAGGUCCAGGUUCACACUAUCAAUGAUAAAUCCCCAGUAUCAAGUCACUUGUAAUUAUCAUCCCACCAUCAUUUAAUCAUAUAGCUUUUACAAAGGGAGAGUGGCUGCAAAAAUGUAGCGAGCACAGAACUUACAGAGCAUUUUUACCUCCCCAUGCCUCACUUCCCCUACUAGCCAGUUACUAUUCUGUCCUUCCUAUCAUCUCAGAGGACUCUGGGAAAAGUGGGUUCAUAUUUAAAGCAGCUGCUACCAAACAUUUGCCCCGCCAAGUUCACUUCUAAAAGCAACAGAGCUGAUGGACUACUACGAGUCUCUAGUAUCUCUGAGAUGGGUCAGGGAGGUCCCUCUUCAAGUCUUUAGUUACCAGCUCCUAUGUGCUUAUCUUCUAGCAACCUGAGCAUUAGUUCUAACUCUAAUAUUUUUUAAACCUUUAACUUCUGUUUUAGAAUUGGAAGUGGAACUGGAAGUAUCAGUUCCAAGAUAGAAGAAUAGUAAGGACAAUGGGGUCUAGGGGUCAUACAGCUAGGAAGUGUCUAAGGUCACAUUUGAACCCAGAACCUCCUGUCUCUAGGCUUGGCUCUCUACCCACUGAUACCCUUUCUGCCCCUUACUCUCUCCUUAAUACUAUAGAGUUUCAUAACACUAUUCCCUCCUGGCUCUCCUAGCUAUCUGACCAUUUCUUUUCUCAGUCUUCUUUCCUUGAUCUUCACUGAGGUCUUACUCAUUGACAUGAGUAUCUCACAGAGCUCUCUCCUGGGUCCUCUUCUCACUUGGUAAUUUCAUCAGCUGCCAUGAAUUCAUGUAUUAUCUCUAUGCUGUGAUGACUCUCAAAAUCUACUUCUCUAGCCCCAAUCUCUACUUAUCUCUAGUCUGGCGUCUCUCAAAUUGGAUGUCCCAUAGAUAUCCCAAAGGAAACAUGUCUAAACUGGACUUCAUAAAGUGAUCUACCUGAAGCUAAGUCUGACCAUGUCUAAUCCCUAAUAAAUAUACUCAAUAAUUUCUGUAGGCUCCCUAUCCCUUCCAUGAUUAAGCAGAAAGUCCUGUUUGAUAUUCCCAAGUCUGUCCCACCCUUUCUAGUCUUAUUCUAUUUUACUACCACCAUCCCUCUUCAUCCCUCCAUAUACCUACACUUACAUACAUAAAUACUUUGAUCCAGUGACACAAAUAUCCUUGCUUGCUAUUCUUCCAAGAAGAAAUUUCGACUCCCAAUUCUAGGGAUUUUCACUGGCAGUCUCCCAUGCCUGAAGCUCCAUCCCUUUUCAUGUCCACCUGGUUUCCAUGACUGCCUUCAAAGUCACAGCUAAAGUUCCACCUCCUACAGGAAGCCUUUCUCAAUCUUCCUUAAUUCUAGUGCCUUCCUUCUCUGUUAUUUAUUUCCAUUAUUCUGUAUACAACUUGUAUGUACCCAUCCUAGUUAUUUCUUUGUCUCCUCCAUUAGACUGAACUCCUCAAGAGCAGAGCCCUGACAUUCUUUUGCCUUUCUUGCCACCUCCAGGACUUAAUACAGAGCCUGGCUUAUAACAGGCAUUCAAAAUGUCACCUACUGGCUCUUACUCAAUCUAACCCUUUAAAGCUCACUGAGAAGUCUUGUCUAUCUCCUUAUACUCUAUCCAAAAACCAGAAGAAUAGGAACCACAGACAAAAGAAGCAACUGGGCCAUGUAAUCACCUGAGGCCUUUCUCUCCACCAACAACUUGACUUACUACAGUCCUUGCCUUCUCACUCCAACACCGCCAGGCAAGGAGAAAGAAAUUCAUUUGCUCUAGUUGGCAGCUUUUGAAUGUAACUUCUUUUCAACUCAACGUCCAAUCAAGUCUGUCUCUUCCCCACUGGAACAGAUGGGAACCAGUUAUAGAAUGUAUGCUCCAAAGUCCAUAUGGGAAUUGUAUCAGAUGAGCACCCUCUACACACUGAACUUGGCCAGUCUCCUGUUACCAUUACUUGAUAAUGCAUGGAAUACCUGGCAUGACCACUGACAUUUUUCUGGAAGUCAUUGUGGGAGAAUAAAAGAGCUAGAUUUUGUAUCAGGGUAUAUGUGACCUUGAAUCUUCCAUUUUCAUGAGGGGAUUAGACUAGAGGACAGUGAAGGUUCCUUGAAACUCUACAAUCUUCCAAAAACAUAACCCACUGUUAACCUGAUGUGUAAGUCUGCCAAGGAGACAAUAACAAAAAUUCAUCUAAUUUGUUGGUGAACAAAAAUUUAACAGAAGGAGUUGGGUGUUCUUAAGUCAUAUUCUGAUCAAAAUAGGUAACCUAAUGGAUUGCCCUCUAGCCUGGGAAGUCUUAUCUUUGUCUAAGGACCUUAGAAUUGAAUUGUCUUUCUACUGGUCAGUGUUGGGCAAAUUCUGACUCUUCUACUUUCCUUUUUCAAUAUUCCUUAUGUAAUAGGGAAAGGAUUUACAAUUUCAUCAGCCUGGAGAAUUCCCUGUGUUGGAACUUCCUUCACAAAUAGUUGGUCUCAACAUUUGGGCUUGGGCACCUUAGUGGUAUAGUAGUUGAAUGCUGGCUCUGGAGUCAGGAAGAUUCAUCUUCAUGAGUUUAAAUAUGGCCUCAGAUACUUACUAGCUAUAUGACCCUGGGCAAAUCACAGCUCUUAUUUGCCUCAGUUUCCUCAUGUGUAAAAAGAACUGGAGAAGGAAAUAGCAAAACAUUCCAGUAUCUUUGACAAGAAAACCCCAACUGGGGUCAUGAAGAACUGGAUAAAAUUAAAAAUGGUUGAACAACAUCCAGGCUAUGCCUUCUGAGAUAAGUCCUAUGAAGUAAUUGCCUGUGACACUGAGAGGUUUCUUGACUUGCCUUGGGUCACACAGCUAGAAAGGUCUCCUUUCUCCAAGCUCAACACUCUCCACUUUCCUCACACUUCUUUUAUACAAUAAUCCUUCCAAGAUACCAACAAUUUGGUAAGACCAUAGGUGAAGAGCCUGGAGAAAACGGGGCCUGGAGAAGUUACCUAAGUCACCUCAAGGUCAAUUAGGAUCUUAAAAAAACAGCAUGGCCAGGAUUUAAAACCAGAUCCUCUGACUCCAGAUAAUGUACAUUUUCUUUUUAUAUAUAUAUGUAUAUAUCUUCAUAUCUAUGCACAUAUACAUAUAUACACUCAAACAUAUAUAUCUACUCUCCUCCCUUCCCUAAUUGAGCAAAUAAAAGAAAAUAAAAGCCCAUGAUACAUAAUUGCAUAGUACAAGAAAUCUCCAAAUUAGCUGCCUCUGAAAAUGUAUUUUUUUCCUUACAUUUUAAGAUAAUUACCUUUCUUUUGGGACAUGUGAGUAGGAUAAUUCAUCUUCAUUCAUUUAGACUUUUCUGGUUUAUUUUUAACAUAGUUCUAAAGUUUUUCUAAGUUGUUUUUCUCUCUAAUGUUAUUGUACAAAUUGUCCUCCUAAUUUUGCUCACUUCCUUCUACAUCAAUUCUUUGGGGUCUUCUCAGUUUCCUCUGAAACUGCCCAUGUCAUCAUUUGUUAUGGGACAAUAAUAAUAAAUGCAUUCUUUCCACAGCCCACAUCGCUUCCUAUGUCACUAAAGCCUCAUAACAGAUGGUACAAUUGCCAAGAUCACAAUUUAUCAUACACAAGCUAAACAUUAAGUCACGUGUUCCUCUUUGGAGAGGCACCCUAAGCCCAUUUAGGAACUCCUCUCCCAAAUUUGUCAGCAACAUCUCUCACAACAAGCAAUAAGGAAAUACGUACUGCAUGAAAGCAGUGACAUAACCUCUGUCAGACUAUUGACCACCUUGGGGAUUAGAUGGAAGAGGAAGGGAGGGAGGGAGAAAAUCUGAAUCCUCAAAUAUCAGUGUAAAACAAUGGUCAAAAAUUGUUUCUACAUGUAAUUGAAAAAUAAAAUAGAUAAAUAUCAGCAAUAUAUUUACAGAAGGGGGAGAGGGGGAAUAUGAUUCAAAGAAUGACAUCUGAUCUUAUCUCCAGUUUCUGGGAUGGUAUCCUACCUGAGGCCAAGGUAUUCACUGGCUGCACCUAUUAUCGCAACUCAUUUCUGAAUUCCUGUUCUAUCCUAGUUCAGAGAGGCCCAUUAACAUCAGCAACACCUAAAACUGCUUAACUAGGGAGGGAAUACUCAUGGUUGAAGCCACAAGUAUUUUUGAAGUAUGACUCAUCUCUCUAACAAACAAAAAAAUAACUGAUGGAAGCUUGAUAGCCUCCAUUUAUCAAUUUUUAUCUCAUCCCAGAUAGCUCCAGGGACUACUCCUCCCUUUCCCGGGGACCUUUCUCCUAUAUUUCCCUCCAUAUAUGGUUCAUUGUUGGAGUAUCUGUGGAGAUAGAGCAAGCUCUUAACCCCGCCUAGCACCCGGAGCUUCACCCACCACCUUGUUUUUUUUACUUUUUACUCUUUCCACUCUAUAAAUUCUGAGCGUUUAAAGGAGGGGGAAGGAGGAAAAAUAUAGUGAUUUUCUGAAAUGUGAAUUUUUUUUUUUACUAAUCCUUUAAAGAAUUUUAGGAAAAUGUUUAGACUUCAAAUAUGCUUUUAAAAAUAGCUGGUUUGCAAAGCACUUUAGAGACAUCUUAUUUGAUCCUUAGGACAACCUAGUGAAAUCGAUGUGGUGAUGUGAUGAUAGGUAAGGACUCUCUUAGCUUACAUAGAUAUAUAUCUGAAGGUACUCGCAUAGUGUCUAACACAUAGUAGGUGAGUAAUUUGGAUCAAUUUGAGUAAUUGAUCCAAACUCCAGUACAACUGAUUCUAAGACUAGCACCCCAACCCCUAUUCCAUGAUGCUCCUCUAACUUGUACUACAAUAUAGACCAGUGGUUUUUAACCUUUUUUGUGUCAUGGCCUCCUUUGGCAAUAUCUGUUGAAAUGUAGAGACCUGUUCAGAAUUUUUUUAAUGCACAGAAUGUAUAAUUUUAAGGGUAUAAAAUAUACAAGAUUACAAAAUAAAUUAUAUUGAAAUAUAGUGUUAAAAAA